UCCAUACACUUGCAUUUCUAUACUGUUAAGCAGUGUGGGUCUGCAUGUGCGUCCCCUGUCUGUGUUUGGCUGCGGUCGACCAGAUCAGGCAGCGGAUCUUGCAGACAGGAGAAAGACAAACAGACACGGGUAACUAAGAUCGGGCAUGAAAGAUGGAGCUGUCGGCGGUGGGAGAUCGCGUUUUCGCCGCGGAAGCUAUACUGAAACGCCGCGUUCGUAAGGGAAGACUUGAAUACCUAGUAAAAUGGAAAGGAUGGGCAAUGAAACACAGCACUUGGGAGCCAGAGGAGAAUAUUCUGGAUGACAGGCUGAUAUUGGGUUUUGAGCAAAAGGAACGGGACAGGGAAUUGCAUGGGCCAAAGAAACGGGGACCAAAACCCAAAAACUUUGUAACUAAGGGUCGUGGUCAGAAAGGCGAGAGCAGCAGUCGAGCCUCAAGCAGCCGCCAGAAUACUUCUCAGUCUUCUCUGUCCACUUCCAGCAAAACAGCUCCCUCCUCCUCUGCCUCAGCUCAUCAUUUGCCAUCAUCCUCAUCCUCUACGGCAGCUGCAGCACCUUCGCCCAAACUUAACUCUCUUGCAGCCACCCACAAGCUUAAGAAAGACAUUCACCGCUGCCAUCGAAUGUCCAGGCGCCCUCUGCCCCGCUCAGACCCCAUGGCUCCAGCCUUUCCCAGUCCAGGUGGCUUCCCUUCCCGUAUGCAUGUCUCCCCUUUCUCCGAGACCGUCCGUAUCCUUAACCGCAGGGUCAAACCCCGGGAAGUCAAGAGAGGUCGGAUUAUCCUCAACCUGAAGGUAAUUGACAAGCCAGGCAGGGGUGGCGCAGCUGCGGGCGGUAGGAAUACGACAGCAGGACGCCAAAAUAUCCCUUCACGGAAUCGCAUCAUUGGCAGGAAGGGAGAGGCCCCUUACAGACCAUUCCAGCCUCCACUGAAAAUGUUGGGGUUCCCAAUGUAUGGGAAGCCAUUUGGGUUGCAGUGUGGAGGCCCUGUGCCUUUUCAUUCCCAUCCAGGGUCAUGCUCCAGCACAGGGGGUCGGAACAGCCGCAGCAACUCCUCUCAGUAUCAGUCACCUCCUUCACCUUCCAGUUCCAGCGGUUCUGAAGGAAAAUCUCCCACCGAUUCCAGAGCUGCACAGUCUAAACCUGCCACUGAAGCAUCCCCUCCCAGCAAGGAGCCCAAGUCCAGUAAAACUCUGAGAGAAACCCUCAAGGGCCAGAGCCCAAAUACAUCUGCUCCUGCCUCAUCCUCAAGUACAAACCCUGUGGUGUCAGCAUCUCCCUUCCUCCCUUCCUCUCCAUCCUCGUCAUUAGAAGAUGAAGAAGAGGGUGCUCUGGACUCACUGGCCUUAGAGGUAGGCAGGAAAAAUCCUCGCCAGCACAAAGCUAAACAUCAAUUGCCCACCACACUUCCCUCUGUCACUCCAGCAGAUCAUGCCUCUGCCCCAGCUGAACCCAAAAGGGUGCCUGCCGAAGGAGACCCUGACUGGCACCCUGAAAUGGCACCAAGCUGCAAGGAUGUGGUGGUCACAGAUGUGACUACCAACCUCGUCACUGUCACCAUAAAAGAGUUCCCCUCCCCUGCGUCUGGCCCCGCCUCACCCUCUACAAGCCAAGAAAGCGCCUCCUCCCCCCCUCCUUCCACCGCCACUGAAGACUCCCCCAUUUCGAAGCCAUAAGAUAUCAGAUAUUAUAAAGCUGAUUGCCAUUGAGGAUAAAAAAAAAAUCAUGCCAGUCUUUCUACUUCAGCCCUUCUCGACCUUAUCCCCAGGGCUAUGUCCAUAUAUGUAAAACACUUAAUGAAAUGUAAUGUAACACACCGCCCAGCCAUUUAAUAGAAAAAAAGAGCGUAUUUUUUUUUAAAAAGAGAUAUAUAAAUUCAAAAAGGGGCAGCUAAUACACCCCUCUUGUCAUUUAAAUUGCCAUAUCUUGUCCACUUGCAUGGCAUUGACUCUUUGAAGCAGAUGUGAAUUGAAAUUCUGUUGGCUUAUUUUCACUUGAUUCACACUUGCUGAUUUUUACAUGUUUGGUGCAAUAACAGUUGUCCUAACAGUAUAUUCUUCACUCAUCUGGUGUGUGGGCUUAAAUUUAGCACAUUUGCUGAUAAAAGAAACUUGCCAUUUGGAUGCAUACUCGGCUGUGCAGCCCCCCUCCCCUUCCCAACCCCCCAGUGUUAUUAAAAGUCCAGCUUGUCGAUAUGAAAAGAGGAAAUGUGUUUUUGCACUUACUGUAAGACAGUUGAACUCUCAGAGAUGGUAUCAGUACAGCGAGGUAAAUGCAACGCACUUGACUGCAUCAAAAACAUCCUAUUCAGUGAAGUUUUGUCAAAUUUUCCAGGCCUUUUCUUGUGUCUCUUUAAUGCACAUGCAUAUAUGUCCAGUACGAGUAGGUAUUUAUAUGCACGCACAAACUUAAAAGCUGCAAAGUAUACAGAAAUAGAUUUAAGUUAUUGCUAUCCUUCCAGUCUUUCCUUACUUGCCUUGACUUCUCACAAACCUACCACCUUCUUCAACUGUGUCAUGUCCACUAGUGCCCGAAACUGGCUUUCAGUUAUUAGGAAAGAUAUGCCAGAAUUGGGUGAUACAUCUCAACCUAUCAAGGUCUAGAAAGUCCAUGAACCACAGAUGAAAUUAAGCCAAAAAAAGAGAGAGAAAAAAGUCAGUUUGUUGACCAUUGCUUCAGAUCUGUGAAGUAUGAACAGACAGUUUUGGCUUGUAGAAAUCAAAACUUGUUUACCAUCCACUGCGGUUGGUUAAACAAACAGCUUUUUGGUCUUUUGUUUCUUUUUCAGUUGCAGUAAAAGUAAAAGUUUUCCUUUUAGCUCCAGUAACUGCUCUUUAUUAGUAUUUUCUCAAGUACUAGUGUCAAUAGAAGUGGUGUAUGUAGCAUGGUUCACAGUGUCUUCUUGCUAUUGACGGAGCUUGUUCAGAAACUCGAGGACACACACUCUGUUUCACCUUUGGGAGUCAAUCAUUCAUUUUCAAGUGGCCAGCUGUGUUGUGGUGAGAAAGGAGCCAGGAAUUAAGCAGGACUCUGAAUCAACUUUUUUUUUUGCUGGUUUUUUUUUAGCACACGAGCAGAUAGUUGAAAUGUUGAAUGUUCUGCAGAAGAAAACAUUAAGGAAAGAAUAGCAAUACAGUUCCAGGUCCUCUUGUGUCACAGACUUUUUUAUUGACAUUCCUCCAAGCAACCUAGUAAUGCCCUUAACUGUGGAUUUAAACAUAUUCUUUAGCACAUGUAGAGGAAUGAUGGGGAAUUUGACACAAAAGACACCUUCACGUGCCAGUGUGAAAACAUGCAAAGCAUCUUGUCUUACCAUGGACUCUGCUGGGAAAUCAUGUUGAGAAAACUAUCCAUUAUUGCAUUAUCCAUUAUUAGUUGAUCCAAUGCUUCAUUUCUGUUCAUUUUUGUUUCCUGCCUUGCUACUUAUGCCCUUGAAGCAGUGGGAAAAAAAACAUAUAUGACCUGUUUUCUGGCUAGAGAGGAUGCCAACACAACAGUUGCCUUCACAAAGUCAUUAGUCAGGCAGCUUGGAAAGGAGGUUUGAUCUCAGAGGGGUUUGAGCCAAUGCCUUUGUGUUCUUGAUAAUGAUCCUUUUCUAAACACAGGUUGUUUCCAGCUCAGUCCAGGUUGCUGUUUUUUUCUUUUGUUUUUUUUGUUUUUUUCUUUCUUUCUUUUUAAACUUCAAGCAUAUUAAAUGUACUUGAAAGAAUCGUGGCACUCUACAUAUUUUUUCUGGCACUUCCUGCUGUUUCCAGACCUUCCCAGAUCCUGACUGUUACUCUCUACAGUGAUGUUAUUCCUCCGCUUGUGUUGCCUUAUAGCUGCUCUGUGCACCCUGCGUCUGGCUUGGCUUUUAUCACAUAGAACAACAAAGAAAAUACUUCAUUAAUCAUGACUUUAAGAAACGCAUCAUUAAAACUCGACGCAGUUUCUGUUGUCUGAGAUGACAUCACCUCCUCUCCUGUCAUGUACUGGAUGGUUUUAGUUGUUCUCUAUAUUGUUUCAAUGAUCUUUGAUAGAUUAAACAGGGAAGGGUUUAUUCCAAUAUGACAUCCAUUAUAUGAAGAAAAAAAGUGAGUUUCUAAAGCUCAAAUUUAAAUGAAGAUAUGUUGUAAAAAUGGCAGUACUUAAAUCCUUACUUGACUAAGUUAAAACCGGUGAGCUGAUAGACGAUUUUCUUCUCCAAAUGGAUAUAUUGUCAUUUGGAAUAGAUUUUUUUCAUGUACUGUGUCUGUAAUGUCCUUAAGUGGUGGUAAGUGACACUAGCAGUUGGUAGAUGUGUAAGAUAUUAGGCUGCUAAGCAUUUCCUUCUUUUUUCUCUUACAUGGGGUAGCACAACUCAACUUAGUGGCCUGUCUUUCAACCAAAUAGGGCUCUUGAUUAUUUUUACUCAUUUUCUUUCCCUUUUAAAACGUUCUACAUGUAUGUGUUGUAAUUUGCAAGUGCUGGAUUUUAUUGGCACUGUUUGAAUUAAGUGAAGGUUCCUUGUUUAAAUGUAUGGAUAAAGACUCGAUUAAUUAUAAAUUGUUCUUUUUCAGCAUUUUUUUUCCUGUUUGUACUGUAUUGAAAUACUUUUUUGAAAUAUGCAUUAUUAUGUCAAUGUGAUGCUGUUUUAUUUGAAUGCAUUUUUUUAAUAAUUCAAUAUGGGUUUGAUCAGAAAGAAAACUUUUUUUCACGUGUGUCAAGACUGCAGUUUUGUCUGGUUUUAUGCUAAUAUGAAUUAUGUGCAUUGUAUCGAUGGUAGUGAGGAGGAGGCGGAGGAUAUUGCUGACAUUGUAAUGUAUCUGAACUUUUGAAGCAUGAUUUGCAAACCCUUGCUGUACAUAUUGUGUAUUCAGUGUCAUGUUACCUGUUGUUGUUUUCCGUGUGUUUCUUGUAUAUGGCUUUUAAUUAAAAGUGCUUUAAAAAGUUUUCAUAAGCUUC